AUGCGGAUACGUCUGUUAAACCUGAUAGCAUCAGUCAUAUGGUUGCAGCUAUGGAACGUGAUCCUAAAGUUAUGGGACUUUGUGGAGAAACAAAGAUUGCAAAUAAAUUUACUAGUUGGGUUACCAUGAUUCAAGUAUUUGAAUAUUAUAUUUCGCAUCAUCUAGGAAAAUCCUUUGAAUCAAUUUUCGGUGGUGUUACUUGUUUACCUGGAUGUUUUUGCAUGUACCGUAUCAAAGUGCCAAAGUAUGAUGGUCACAUGGUACCAAUCCUUGCGAAUCCAGAUAUUGUAGAAGUAUAUUCUUCAAAUAACGUAGAAACGUUACAUCAAAAAAAUCUAUUACUUCUUGGAGAAGAUCGUUAUCUUACAACCUUAAUGUUACGAACAUUCCCAAAACGAAAAAUGAUAUAUGUACCCAGUGCUAUAUGUAAAACUGUAGUACCAGAUAGUUUCAAAGUUUUACUAUCACAACGCCGACGAUGGAUUAAUUCAACAUUACAUAAUUUAAUGGAACUUAUUUUAGUACCACAGCUUUGUGGUAUAUUUUGCUGUUCUAUGCAGUUUGUAAUUUUCUUGGAAUUGGUUGGAACUGUAGUAUUACCUUCAUCGCUCUUGUUUAUGAUAUAUUUGGCUUUUUCAGCCAUGAGUGGUACUGACGUACCUGUGUACAUUAUGUGGAUGAUCGUGUUCAUAAUUGCUACACCUAUAUGGUAUUUUAUAUUGCCGUUAUAUGCAUUUUGGCAUUUCGAUGAUUUUUCAUGGGGAGCAACUCGCAAAAUCACAGGUGAGGAUAAUGGGCAUGGUGGUAAUGAUUCUGAUCAAUUUGAUUCGUCUAAAAUUCCGUUGAAGAAAUGGGCCCGAUGGAAAGCUGAGCAAAUGAAUAUAAGUGAAAAAAAAAUAGUUGAUGAGCACAGAAUUAAUGGAAAUAAUAACAAUAAAGGACUUUCAACACCACAAAAGGUUCCCUUAUCUGAAAGAUAUAAUCAAAUGGAUAGUUUACCGCCUGGUGAACAUAGAGGUGAAACUACGAGACAAACUUUACGUGAAUAUAAAUAUACUGGUGGAAAACAAGUUGGUGAACUACAGCCUUCAAAUGGACACAGAUUUGAUAGCAGGAAACCAGUUGGUAGACCGUCACAAACUAUAGCAAUUUCACCUAAUGAUGAUAUGUCACAACAUAUAGUUCCUUCUUUUGGUCAUGGUGGAUCUCAGUCUAGGCCAUUGCCUAGAGUACCUUUAUCCAGAACAAAUUUUGAAAUGAAUGGAAAGCCUAUUGGACCUAGGUCACCUGAAUCCAAUAAAGGUUAUGGUGACCCAAGUAUAGUUUAA